AUGUCUCCUGCUUCAUUAAAUUUUUAUACAGGUAAAGGCUUCCUUGGCUACAAGUCAAUAACAAUUCUCAGAAUGGGAUGGCUUAGCAAAAUUUUUAAAGGUUCAAACCAUAAACUUUCAGAUGCUCGAUAUGGAACAGAUACGGUGGGAAAUUAUCCAUCAACUUCAUGGGAUACAACUUCAGAGAUUGAAGACAUAGAUCGUGCUAUUGCAUUAUCGCUUUCAGAAGAAGAUCAGAAGGGGAAAACUGUGAUUAAUAGUGAAUACCAGUUGGAAGAAGAUGAGCUACUUGCCAGAGCUCUUCAGGAGAGCUUGAUUGUUGAGUCUCCACCUCAAAAUGGAAAUAGAAACAGCACUAGUGGAAGAUAUGACAAUGGUCCAAUAGGAAAUGAAAACUUUUACCAACCUGUACCUUUUCCCUAUUCAACCGGCUUCAGGAUUUGUGCUGGUUGUAACACUGAGAUUGGUCAAGGGAGAUUUUUGAGUUGUAUGAGUGCAGUCUGGCAUCCAGAAUGUUUUAGAUGCCAUGCUUGCAAACAUCCUAUAUAUGAUUAUGAGUUUUCUAUGUCGGGGAGCUACCCUUAUCACAAAGCAUGCUAUAAAGAUUCUUAUCACCCUAAAUGUGAUGUCUGCAAACACUUCAUUCCAACAAAUGCAGCUGGUCUUAUUGAAUACAGGGCACAUCCCUUUUGGUCCCAGAAAUACUGUCCUAGUCACGAGCAUGAUGGAACUCCUCGGUGCUGUAGCUGUGAGCGAAUGGAGCCAAGGGACACAAGAUAUGCUGCUCUUAAUGAUGGUCGGAAGCUCUGCUUGGAGUGCCUGGAUUCUGCAGUUAUGGAUACCAAUGGGUGUCAACCUCUUUAUCUCGAUAUACAAGAAUUCUAUGAAGGUUUAAAUAUGAAAGUGAAACAACAAGUUCCAUUACUUUUGGUUGAGAGGCAAGCACUAAAUGAAGCCAUGGAUGGAGAGAGACAUGGGCAUCAUCACAUGCCUGAGACUCGAGGACUCUGUCUUUCUGAGGAACAAACUGUCAGUACGAUAUUGAGGCGACCAAGGAUGGGAGCCGGAAAUCGAGUCAUGGACAUGAGAACGGAACCUUAUAAAUUAACACGCCGUUGUGAAGUGACUGCAAUUCUCAUUUUAUAUGGUCUUCCUAGGCUACUGACAGGAUCAAUUUUGGCUCAUGAGAUGAUGCAUGCUUGGCUGCGACUUAAUGGUUAUCAAAUUCUCAAUCAAGAGGUUGAAGAAGGUAUCUGCCAGGUGCUUGCCAAUAUGUGGUUGGAAUCCCAGAUUAUAUCCAUAUCCGGCACUGAUUAUGCAUCAACCUCAUCCUUUUCCCCUGCUUUCUUGUCAUCAACAGCGCAGGGGACAAGAUCUCCUUUUGAGAGGAAACUUGGUGAGUUUUUCAAACACCAGAUUGAAUCGGACACAUCAGUGGUGUAUGGAAAUGGUUUUAGAGUCGGUAACCGGGCAGUGCUCAAGUAUGGCUUACAGAGGACCCUCGACCACAUCAGGAUGACAGGAACCUUUCCUUUCUAA